GGAGAGAGCAUCUCACAGAGAGAGAGAAUCUCAGAGAGAGAGAGAGCCCCGCGGUGAGCAGAGCCAGACUGGGCAGUGCGGAGGCUGAGAGCCGAGGCCGGUGGUCUGUGUCUGUGUCUGUGUGUGGGAGGGCAGGAUGGCCGGCAGUGAUGGGGGCACCCCCUGCACCCCGGGUGAAUUCGAGAGCAAAUACUACGAACACAAUGGCGUGCGCCUGCCUCCCUUCUGCAGAGGUAAGAUGGAAGAGAUCGCCAAUUUCCCCGUCAGGAGGGGCGACGUGUGGAUUGUGACUUACCCCAAAUCAGGGACCAGCUUACUGCAGGAGGUGGUGUACCUGGUGAGCCAGGGCGCUGACCCUGAUGAGAUCGGAGUGAUGAACAUCGAGGAGCAGCUACCUGUGCUUGAGUACCCCCAGCCUGGGCUCGACAUCAUUAAGGAACUGACGUCUCCUCGCCUCAUUAAGAGCCAUUUACCAUAUCGCUUCCUGCCCACAGAUCUGCACAAUGGGGAGUCGAAGGUGAUAUACAUGGCCCGGAAUCCUAAAGACCUGGUGGUGUCUUACUACCAGUUCCACCGUUCCUUACGGACGAUGAGCUACAGAGGAACAUUCCAGGAUUUCUGCCGGAGGUUCAUGAAUGAAAAGCUGGGAUACGGCUCAUGGUUUGAGCAUGUUCAGGAGUUCUGGGAGCAUCGUAUGGAUUCCAAUGUUCUCUUCCUGAAGUAUGAGGAUAUGCACAAGGACCUGCCGGGCGUGGUGCAGCUGCUGGCCCACUUCCUGGGGGUGACGUUCGACAAAGCUCAGAUGGAGGCCAUGGUGGAGCACUGCCACCAGCUGGUGGAUCAGUGCUACAAUACGGAUGCUCUGCCCAUCGGGAGAGGACGAAUCGGGCUGUGGAAGGACAUCUUCACUGUGGCCAUGAACGAGAAAUUUGAUGCCAUUUUUAAACAGAAGAUGGGAAAAUCAGACCUGACCUUUGACUUCAGUGUAUAAGCCACGUGCAAGCAACACACUUCAUCCACUUUGCCCUGUGUGUAAUCACUGGGCCCUGACUCGUUGCUGCCUCUCUGGUGAUGAGGUUCUGCCUACCUGCUUGUGUCUGUCAGCAAGUCUGUCUUUCUACCUUGCCUGUAUGUUUGUCUACACACACUGCCCCCCAUCACACACACACUGACCCCCCCCACCACCAGCACACACACUGCCUCCCCCAGUACUCACGCACAUAAACACAAACUGCACACCCAGCAUAUACACACACACACACACUGUCUCCCCAGCACACAUGCACACU